AUGCCGGGCAACCGAGAACUCUCCCCCUGCCUGAUCCUGGGGGGUGGGGGGGAGACGCCCCCUCCGCCCUACCACCCACCAACACCCGCGCUUAAAUGUCAAGGCAGCCAUAGGGCAGUCCUGGGCACAGGCUGGGAUGGACAGAACAGUCCCCGAUGGUGUGGGGCUGUGGCCAGGCAGCCAGGGCCCGUCUCCCUCACUGUGCACCUUCGGGACUGGCCAGUGGCUCAGGCCUUGGGUGUCCUCCCUGACCGAUGGCGUCUUCCCUGGCCCCGGCCCCGUCCUCCUGGCAGGCGCGGCGUCCUGCACCUCCACGAGAGCGGCGGCAUUCACGACAUCGGCCUGCCCCAGUGGCAGCUCUUGCUCUGCCUGAUGGUGGUGGUCGUCGUCCUGUUUUUCAGCCUCUGGAAAGGCGUGAAGACGUCAGGAAAGGUCGUGUGGAUCACGGCCACGCUGCCUUACCUGGUGCUGUUCGUGCUCCUGGUCCACGGCAUCACGCUGCCUGGCGCCUCCAACGGCAUCAGCGCCUACCUGCACAUCGACUUCUACCGCCUCAAGGAGGCCACGGUAUGGAUUGAUGCUGCCACUCAGAUAUUUUUUUCCCUGGGGGCUGGAUUUGGAGUCUUGAUUGCAUUCGCCAGUUACAACAAAUUUGACAACAACUGCUACAGGGACGCCCUGCUCACCAGCACCAUCAACUGCGUCACCAGCUUCGUCUCGGGGUUUGCCAUCUUCUCCAUCCUCGGGUACAUGGCCCAUGAGCACAAGGUCAACAUCGAGGACGUGGCCACUGAAGGAGCUGGCCUGGUCUUCAUCCUGUACCCGGAAGCCAUCUCCACCCUGUCGGGGUCCACCUUCUGGGCUGUCGUGUUCUUCAUCAUGCUCCUGGCUCUGGGGAUUGAUAGCUCAAUGGGAGGCAUGGAGGCCGUCAUCACGGGCCUGGCCGACGACUUCCAUGUCCUGAAGCGACACCGGAAGCUCUUCACAUUCGGCGUCACCUUCGGGACCUUCCUCCUGGCCCUGUUUUGCAUAACCAAGGGCGGAAUCUACGUGCUGACGCUGCUGGACACGUUCGCGGCGGGCACCUCCAUUCUGUUCGCUGUGCUCAUGGAGGCCAUCGGCGUCUCCUGGUUUUACGGGGUGGACAGGUUCAGCAACGACAUCCAGCAGCUGAUGGGGUUCAAGCCCGCCUUACUUGACUUUGUUAAAUUUGUGGUGGUGGUGAGCAUCAUCAACUUCAAGCCACUCACCUACGAUGACUACAUCUUCCCGCUCUGGGCCAACUGGGUCGGGUGGGGCGUCGCACUGUCCUCCAUGGUCCUGGUGCCCGCCUACAUCGUCUACAAGUUCCUGAGCACCCGGGGCUCCCUCUGGGAGAGACUGGCCUAUGGCCUCACGCCGGAGAACGAGCAUCACCUGGUGGCCCAGAGGGACGUCAGGCAGUUCCAGCUGCAGCACUGGCUGGCCAUCUGAGCCCGCCCCCAGGAGGAGGGGGAGCCCCGCCCGCCAACGUCCAGGUCCAGGCGCCCACU